UCAAUGCAGAAUUGACAAGUUUCCACUCUUACACAAGCAGUAAAUGUAAAAUAAAGUUCAAAUAAUGUAAAAAAGGAGACCUUUUCACAUCCAGCUUGGAGAGUUUACUAUAUCAAAAAUCAUUUUUAUUUGCCUUAAACAGAGUUAGUUAUAUUGUCUGUAUGGAAAGUAUUGUAUAUUGUUUAAAAACAGCCAUGUUUAGAUGAGCAAAAUGUGUUAUUGCUUCCGAAUAGCUAAAACGAAACGUUCAACUCUUGUGCACACACAAAUCUGAGGAGUUUAUGACACCUAUUACAUGUCCCUCUCCGUGAGCCUUGGAGGUGUUGCAUGCAGGAGUGUUAUGCAUGCUAAGCUAAUCAUUAAGGAUAAUAAAAAAGGAGGGUUAUAUCACCCCGAGUCACUUAAAUUACUGCCAACGUUUCCAUGGAGCUUGAGUCCAGACAAGCGACAGUAGUGACACAGGGAGCAGACAUGGAGCAGCAGCCCAACAGACCAACGUGGAGCAGGCAGAUAGAGUUCACCCUGGCCGGCAUCGGCUGUGCUGUGGGUCUGGGCAACGUGUGGAGGUUCCCUUAUCUCUGCUACAGGAGUGGAGGAGGUGCCUUUUUGGUGCCAUACCUGCUCAUGCUAGUGGUGUUGGGGGUCCCUCUGCUUUACAUGGAGCUGAUUGUGGGUCAGUACACGAGGAGAGGUCCAGUCCAUGCUCUGGCUAUUGUCUGUCCACUAUUAAAAGGAGUGGGCAUAGCAUCAGUGGCCAUUUCCUUCAUCAUGUGCACCUACUACAAUUUGGUCAUCACCUGGGCCCUCUAUUAUCUCUUUAGCUCCUUCCAGUCACCAUUGCCCUGGCAGAACUGCAACAACACCUGGAACACACAGAACUGCACCAAUCAGGCCACCAACAGCAGCUACUCCUCCACAGCUAGCCAGGAGUUCUUCAAAUACAAGAUGCUGGAGCAAACUAGUGGAGUAGAUGAAGCAGGAGUGAUCCGGUGGGAGCUUUUUCUCAUUCUCCUCCUGGCUUGGAUCCUCAUUUACCUUUGCAUCUUCAAGGGGGUGAAAUCAACAGGCAAGGUGGUGUACUUCACGGCUCUGUUCCCGUAUGUUAUCCUGAUUGUCCUGCUAAUCAAUAAUGUGCAGCUUCCUGGAGCAUUAGAUGGAAUAACCUUUUUCAUUGUGCCAGAAUGGAACAAGCUGCUCUCAGUGGAGGUGUGGGUGAAUGCUGCAGCGCAGAUCUUUAACUCCAUCGGGAUUGGUUUCGGCUCCCUCUUGGCCAUGUCCAGCUACAACUCCUUCAACAACAACGUUCUGAAGGACACCCUGACUAUAGCCAUCAUCAACUCCCUCACCAGCAUCCUGGCAGGUUUUGUCAUUUUCUCUGCUUUUGGAUACAUGUCUCAUCUGCAGGGCAUCCCCGUCAGCGAUCUGGCUGUGGAUGGUCCAGGACUGGUUUUUGUUGUUUACCCACAGGCCUUUGCCAGCAUGCCAGUAUCCCAGCUGUGGGCUGUGAUGUUCUUCUUCAUGCUGCUGUGCCUUGGACUGGACAGUGAGUUUGCAAUGGUAGAAGUGUUGGUGACCAGUUUCAUGGAUGAGUUCUAUCAACAUCUGAUCAAGUUUUUCAAGCGGAAGGAGCUGUUUGUUCUCGCUGUUUGUGGAGCAGCGUGUAUUCUAGGAAUUCCCUGUGUCAUGCAGGUAGGCAUCUAUGUGUUCCAGCUCAUGGACCAUUACACUGCCAUAGUGUCCAUCAUGUUUCUGGCUUUCUUUGAGGUUAUAGCCAUGUGUUGGAGUUAUGGAGUGAAACGACUUUCAGACAACUUGGAGGAGAUGACUGGAAGCAGAGCAAACAUCUUCUUCAGACUGUGUUGGCUCAUAGUUGCUCCUGUGCUGAUCACUGUUAUCUUGAUUUUCUCCAUCAUCCAGUUCCAACCAGCCCGCUAUGAGGACUACGUCUUCCCUCCCUGGGCUCAGGGGGUCGGCUGGGUCAUUGCCAUGGGCUCCAUCAUCUGGAUUCCUUUGGGUGCUGUUCACACAUUGUGGGUGCUACCUGGCUCAUUCCUGCAGAAACUGAAGCUGUCCGUCACACCAUACGCCCUGAAUGAAAUAUCAAAAAUGGCGUACUAUGAGAGGGGAGGAAGAGACGCAUAUCCAGGCAUGGCUGUCAUCAGCUCCGACGUCCAUCUACCUGAAAAACCUCCUAUUCAGACAAACCUGUGAUACCUCUGUGCUUUGCACAAUGCUAAUGUUGCAAAUAUUGUUCGUCAUUAGUCUUAUAUCGUAAACCGACUUCUGGUAAGUCAAACAGAAGUAUGCCUUAUAAAUGAUUUACAUGAUUGUGAAAAUGUGUUGCUGCAUAUCUGCCAUGCAGAUAUAUUAAAAUGGCCAGUUUUGGGGAGCCUAUUGAUCAAAUGUAUUGCUGUAAAUUUGAGAUUUUGUUGAACUUCUAACCGUUUUGCUGAUUUUUUUGU